CCCACCUCCAUCUCGAGUCUCUGCUCUGUCGCUCUCUGUAUCCUCUCGGUCUCCAGUGGUACUUGCGGAAAUGUUCUCUAGCAUCAGCUCGUGGUGGGGAGGCUCGCCCGCACCCGCGGCUCCUGAGAAGUUCGACCCGACGGACCCCAAGCAGAACCCUCUCAACCCGAAGGGCCUGAAGCCGUGCUGCGCGUGUCCGGAGACCAAGUCCGCGCGGGACGACUGCUUCCUGAAGACGGACGGGGCGGAGGCGGACGAGAAGUGCCGUGAACUCGUUCAGAGACACAUCGCGUGCAUGCGCGGCUUGGGCUUCAAGGUGUAGCCCUCUUAUAUCUCCCAUAUCCAACACCGCCCGCCCAUCCCGCCCCACUCGAUCCUCACUGGACUCCCCGGACAUGCAUGCUUUGCUCACCAUUGUUGUAUUCUAAUACACCCUAAUUCACACGAAGAACCUCUGCUCUGCC